AUGCCCCCCAACGGCACGGCCGACGGCAAACCCAAAGACGUGGCCUCCAAAUCGGUGGGGCUUUUCUUCAUGCUGCUCAUCGACCUGACGGCCAUCGUGGGCAACGCCGCCGUCAUGACCGUCAUCGUGAAGACGCCGGCGUUGCGCAAGUUCGUCUUCGUCUUCCACCUCUGCCUGGUGGACUUUUUGGCCGCCCUCACCCUGAUGCCGCUGGAGAUGCUCUCCGGCUCGGCCGUCUUCGACAGCCCGGUUUUCGGCGAGGCCAUGUGCCGCGUUUACUUGUUCCUCAGUGUCUGCUUCAUCAGCAUGUGCAUCCUCUCCAUCUCCACCAUCAACGUGGAGCGUUACUACUACGUGGUGCACCCCAUGCGCUACGAGGUGAGGAUGACGGUGGGGCUGGUGGCCUGCGUCCUUGUCGGCGUCUGGCUCAAAGCCGUGGCCACCUCCCUCGUCCCCGUGCUGGGCUGGUUGUCCCCCGACCGCCCGCCGGUGCCCGCCAGUCGCGGCUGCUCCUUGCAAUGGAGCCGCAGUCCCUACUGCAAGUUCUUCGUCAUCUUCUUUGCCGCCUUCUACUUCCUCCUGCCCCUCCUCAUCAUCGUGGUGGUCUACUGCAGCAUGUUCAAGGUGGCGCGGGUGGCCGCCAUGCACCACGGCCCCCUCCCCACCUGGAUGGAGACGCCGCGGCGUCGCUCCGAGUCGCUCAGCAGCCGUUCCACCAUGGUCACCACCUCAGGAGCCCCUCGUACCACCCCGCAGAGGACGUUUGGGGGAGGCAAGGCAGCCGCCAUCCUGCUGGCCGUGGGGGGCCAAUUCCUCUUCUGCUGGUUGCCCUACUUCUCCUUCCACCUCUACACCGCCCUGAGCGCCCAACCCUUGGUGGGGCCGGCGGCCGAGACCGUGGUCACUUGGCUCGGUUACUUCUGCUUUACCUCCAACCCUUUCUUCUACGGGUGCCUCAACCGGCAGAUCCGGGGCGAGCUGGGCCGGCUCCUCACUUGUUUCUUCAAGCAGCCGCCCGAGGAGGACCUGAGGUUGCCCAGCCGGGAGGGCUCCAUCGAGGAGAACUUCCUCCAGUUCCUCCAGGGCACCGGUUGUCCCGCCGAGCCCCGGCCCCGUACCCCCAGCCCCAAGCGGGACCAGCUCCCCGUCGAUUUUCGCAUCCCGGGGCAGAUCGAUGAGGACGCGGUCGAGGGGCCGGAGCGGCGUGGCGGGGACGGGGUCUACGUGCCGGUGGUCGCCUCUCCCAAACCGGAGCUGUAG